CCGGUCCAGCCAGCAUCCAGCGCCCACCACAUAUCCAGAGCCAUGUCCCGAGUCUUCCGUGCCGCCGCGGCCUUCAAGCCCGUUUUCUUCCGCCCUGCCGCUGCGUCGGUCCGUGGCCCCGUCAGCCUCGCGCAACAAUUCAAGUUCACCCCCAGUGUCUUGACCAGACUGUACUCGGCCGGCCCUGCUCCGCUCUCUGUUCAGCAAAUCGAGGACCGAGUGAUCCUCCUCCUGAAGGACUUUGACAAGGUCGAUGGCUCGAAGCUCAACCUGGACGCUCACUUUGUGAACGACCUCGGACUCGAUUCGCUCGACCAGGUCGAGAUCACCAUGGCCCUCGAGGACGAGUUCAACAUUGAGAUCCCGGAUCGCGAUGCCGAGGAGAUUUACACUGUUCGCCAGGCCGUGGAGAAGAUCUACGCCAACAAGAAUGCCAUGUAGAGUGUUCCGACUGAAAUGCGACUGAGCUGCAUAUUUAUCAUUUUGCCUGUACACUUCCAAGAAAAACACGGGACCCCCGAAUUUCCGAGCA